AUGUGCAUGCACACCUUUGUGAAGGACUUAACGAAAUACUUGGACCCCGGCGGGCUUGGCGUGAUCAGUUUUGAGGACUUCUACCGAGGGAUCACCGCAAUCAGGAAUGGAGAGUCUGAUGGCCAGCUGUGCGGGGUUGCACCUGCCCAGGACGAGGAGCCGCCCGCCUGCCCCGAUGAGUUCGACGACUUCGUUACCUUUGAGGCCAACGAGGUGACAGACAGCGCAUACAUGGGUUCCGAGAGCACCUACAGUGAGUGUGAGACCUUCACCGACGAGGACACAAGCACCCUGGUGCACCCUGAGCUGCAAGCCGAAGGGGAUGCCGACAGCGCCGGUGGCUCAGCUGUGCCCUCCGAGUGCCUGGACGCCAUGGAGGAGCCUGGCCACGGCGCCUUGCUACUGCUCCCAGGGAGAUCCCACCUGCACAGCCAGUCCGUCGUCACGGUGAUAGGUGGCGAGGAGCAUUUUGAGGACUAUGGUGAGGGCAGUGAGGCAGAGCUGUCCCUGGAGACCCUCUGCAAUGGGGAGCAUGACUGCAGAGACCCCGCUUUCCUCACCCCCAGUCCAGCGAAGCGGCUCUCCAGCAGGAAGGUGGCAAGGUACCUGCACCAGUCAGGGGCCCUGACCGUGGAGGCCCUACAGGACCCUGCCCCAGACCCCGUGGAGGGCAUGGAAGAGGACAUUGCUGAUAAGGUCGUCUUCCUGGAGAAACGGGUGUCGGAGCUGGAGAAGGACACGGCUGCCAGCGGGGAGCAGCACAGCCGGCUGCGGCAGGAGAACCUCCAGCUCGUGCACAGAGCCAAUGCCCUUGAGGAGCAGCUGAAGGAGCAGGAGCUGAGAGCCUGUGAGAUGGCGCUGGAGGAGGCGCGGAGGCACCGGGAGCUCGUGUGCAGGAUGGAGCGGGAGCGCAGCAUCGAGGUGGAGAGCCUGCAGGCCAGGCUGCAGCAGCUAGAUGAGGAGAACGGAGAGCUAAGGUCCUGCACGCCGUGUCUGAAGGCCAACAUUGAGCGCUUGGAAGAGGAGAAGCAGAAGUUGCUGGAUGAGAUGGAAGAGUUAUCCCUGCGGCUCAGUGAUGAGCAGGAGAACAGGAGGAAGCUGGGGGACAGGCUGAGCCACGAGAGGCACCAGUUCCAGAGGGACAAGGAGGCAACCCAGGAGUUGAUCGAGGACCUGCGCAAGCAGCUGGAGCACCUGCAGCUCUUCAAGCUGGAGGCCGAGCAGAGGAGGGGCCGGGGCAGCAGCAUGGGUCUGCAGGAGUACAACAGCCGCACCCGCGAGAGCGAGCUGGAGCAGGAGGUCCGCAGGUUGAAGCAGGAUAACCGUAACCUGAAGGAGCAGAAUGAUGAGCUCAAUGGGCAGAUCAUCAACCUGAGCAUCCAGGGUGCCAAGAACCUCUUCUCCACGUCCUUCUCAGAGUCCCUGGCUGCGGAGAUCAGCUCCGUUUCCCGAGAUGAGCUCAUGGAUGCGAUUCAGAAGCAGGAGGAGAUCAACUUCCGCCUGCAGGACUACAUUGACCGGAUCAUCGUGGCCAUCAUGGAGACCAACCCAUCCAUCCUGGAGGUCAAGUAG